AUGCGGGAUCACUCAACUACUCCCACCAAAGCUGGCACAGAGGCCUAUUACGACCUUGGUUCGUAUCGUCGAUCAGUGACUACUUCGUCUGCAGAAGCCCAAUUGUGGUUCAAUCGCGGAUUGAUAUGGGCUUAUUCUUUCAAUCAUACCGAAGCAGUCCGGUGCUUUGAACGAGCUGCCGAAUGUGAUCCUAACUGCGCUAUGGCGCUAUGGGGAAUUGCUUAUGCGUCUGGGCCCAACUACAACAAGGCGUGGAGGUAUUUUGACCCGGAAGAUCGUCAGAUUUCGAUCAUGAAAGUCAAUGAUGCCCUCACCCAAGCGUCAAAGCUCGCGAACCAGGCCACACCAGUCGAACAAGCGUUGAUUGGGGCAAUCGGCGCACGUUUCCCACCGACAGAUGACAUUCCUGAGGAUCUAAGUCUUUUCGACUGCCUAUAUGCGGACGCGAUGCGUUCUGUGUAUCAGAAGUUCAGCAAUGAUGGAGACGUGGCUGCGCUAUUUGCAGAAGCACUGAUGUGCAUCACUCCGCGUGGCCUGUGGAACUUGGACACCGGCAAACCAACCGGGAAUCACACGAUCGAGGCUCGGGAGGUUCUUGAAUUGCAACUGAACCAGCCCAGCGGUCGCAAUCAUCCAGCAACUUGCCACUUGCAUAUACACAUGAUGGAAAUGUCGCCGUUUCCAGAAUUGGCCCUGCCGGCUGCAGAUCGACUACGUGGCAUGGUCCCGCACGCUUCACAUAUGCUACACAUGCCGACGCAUAUUGACGCCGCGGUUGGCGACUAUCGGCGGGGUAUCGACUCGAACCAAGAAGCGAUCCUUGCCGAUGAUAUCUAUUUUGCCCGAGAAGCGGAUACAGUUUGGUACACGGCCUACCGGGUGCAUUACAUUUGUGCAAAAUUGUAUUCCGCCAUGAUGUCCGGCCGCUUCAUGGACGCGAUGUCUGCUGCAGAAAAGCUUGAAGAGGUUAUUGACCCGGAGGUUCUAUCUACUAAAAGUCCCCCUAUGGCAGACUUUAUUGAAAGCUUUUUGGGAAGUAAGGCGCAUGUGCUAGUGCGAUUCGGGCGCUGGGAGGAAAUUCUUAACCUCAAGCUUCCCACCAAUCGCGACAUAUAUUGCGUGACUACAGCCACCAUUCUUUACACCCGCGGACUUGCUUUUAGCGCACUUGGACGGAUUGCGGAAGCCGAAACUGCUCAAGUGGAGUUCGAAACAGCGCGUAGGGCCGUUCCUAGCUCUCGACUCAACAGCAUUCCAUGCAAGGAGGAAGACGUUCUCGCGGUGGCCUCAGCUAUGCUUGCUGGUGAAUUGGAAUACCGAAAGGGCAAUAUUGAGACGGCUUUCCAUUCCCUUCGGAAAGCCAUUAUGCUUGAGGAUGCACUCGCCUAUAGUGAUCCGGCACCUUGGAUGCAGCCAGUUCGUCAUGCACUUGGUGGGUUGCUCCUUGAACAAGGACGCGUUGAAGAAGCAGAAGUUCUGUUCAAACAGGAUCUUGGCUUUGCUCUUGGCUAUCCUCGGCGCAAGGCAAAGCUCAACAAUGUUUGGGGGUUGCAGGGCUUAUACGAAUGCUUCACUCGCCUUGGAAAGAGUCAAGAGGCUGCUUGCAUUCAACCUGCACGGGAUAUUGCUUUGGCAUCUGCUGAUAUCCCAGUCAACGUUUCAUGCUUCUGUCGAUUAUCCACGGUAGCAAAAGAUGGAUGCUGCUCAUGA